AAGCAGGACAAGUUCUUUUCAGAACUAACUAUCUUCUAAGCAGUAUUACUACAUGGUGUUACCGCAAACCGAAACGAUGCUAAUAUUAUGUAAGCCAUUCAGUACAUUAAUGUAGGUUAUUGCUGACAAGUAUCAUUGAUACGCGAAUUUUAAUGUUAGCUUUAUAUCCUGCGAAACAGACCAAAGGCACUAUGCGUCAAUGCCCUUUAAUAAUUUCAGACCACUGUUUUUGCAACGCCGUGAUUGGAUGGUUUGAACGACUGUAUUUUUCACAUGAUAUCAAAAAAUAUAUCCACCAUAACAAGGGAUAUUCACUGCACGUAUUAUUUCCUUAUCCUUUUUUUUUAAAAAUCGUGUUUUUAUUGUGGUUGGAAUGUUUGUUAGCUCUACUUCACUACACUGAUUUGCCACAAGUUUGAGAGCUCCAAAUAUUUCAUCUGAGCGACAAUCUAAUCAUAAAGGCUUAGACAAAUGUUUGAAUGAUUCCGUUAAGAUAGACGGUAACAGAUUGUACACUGGCUGGACGGGACAAUUUUUUUUGUCGUACGAAAUGAAACGCUUACUUGAUGAUUGUUUUUAAUAAAUAAAAGUGAUUGCUUACAGGAAAAAAGGUUGCCAAGAGUAAAUCAAAGGGAAGUCUUUUCGAAAUUACCAGUUACAAUGUUUGACGAUUUUUUAAACUUGAAUUCGUUGUUACAAAAAAUGGCGCACUUGGGACAGUGUAAAUAUUUACAUACAUUAUGCAACGCUAAUGCUUAGAUAAACCUAUCGCGUUGACCAACCGUAUACUUCAUGCCAGAUAUAUAAGCCAGUUCAAUUGUACUCGAAAAUGCAGCAGCAUGUUUGAUGAACACAUCUCUCAAAAGAAAAUAAAUUUAUUCCAAAACAAACUAGCCGGUUACAAUAAGGAUUUAAACCUCCAUCAUGGAACUGGAUUAUGAUGACACCCUCAAUUCUCUAGAAGGAUGGGAUAUCGCGAUCAUUGUCGUGGUCUUUGUUCUGGUGCUUGUUGUCGGAAUAUGGUCUGCCUGGGUAUCGAAUCGCGGAACAACAAAAGGUUAUUUCCUGGCUGGUCGGAGCAUGUCCUGGUGGCUGGUUGGUUUGUCUCUGUACGUGAGUAAUAUAGGAAGCAGUUCGUUCAUAGGCUUAGCGGGGACAGCGUCGGUCUCUGGAUAUGCUGUUAUUGCUUACGAGUUCCAUGGUUUAUUUUGUUUAAUUCUUCUUGGUUUCGUCUUCAUGCCCGUUUACAUCUCAGCAGGGGUAUUCACGAUGCCUGAGUACCUCAAGAAGCGAUUUGGAGGCGAGAGGCUCCGGAUAUUGCUGUCAGUAACGGCAGUUGUACUCAUUAUCUUAACCAAUAUUUCGUCUGAGAUGUACGCGGGUACAAUAAUCAUCCAACAAGCCCUGAACUGGGACCUGUAUCUAUCCGUCUGUCUUCUGCUGGCCAUGACCGCUGCUUACACGGUAGCUGGUGGGCUAACUGCGGUCAUCUACACGGACGCUUUACAGUCGGUUAUCAUGAUAGGAGGGGCAACAGUCCUGUCGGUGAUUGCUUUUAUUGAAAUAGGGGGUCUGGAAAAUCUGUACCUGAAAUUCAUGACGAGUAUACCGACGCCCACCUUCCUAGCAGGCAACACUUCCUGCGGUAUACCAACCGAGGAAUCCUGGCACAUCUUCCGUGAUGCAACCACCUCAGACCUGCCCUGGCCCGGCGUGUUGUUCGGUAUCUUCCUGCUGUCUGCCUGGUACUUUUGCACCAAUCAGGUGUUGGUGCAGAGAUCGUUAUCAGCGAAGAAUGUGACUCACUCCAAGGCUGGGACCCUCCUAGCAGCCGUGCUGAAGCUUCUCCCCAUGAUUCUUAUGAUCUAUCCUGGCAUGAUCAGCAGGGCUCUAUGGCCAGAUUAUGUAGCCUGUCAGGACUCUGAUACUUGUACCAAGGUUUGUGGAAACCCCAACGGCUGUUCGGACAUCGCUUACAUCAGACUUCUGCUCAAACUCAUGCCAACAGGUUUGAAAGGCUUAAUGAUGGCGGCCAUGUUAGCAGCACUCAUGAGCUCUUUGACGUCCGUCUUCAACAGUGCCAGCUCUAUCAUUACGUUGGAUUUGUGGGUCAAAGUGCGACCUCUAGCGACGGAAACAGAACUAGUCAUUGUUGGCAGGUUGUGUACCCUGAUCUUGGCAGUGUUGAGCAUUCUAUGGCUGCCUUUGAUUCAACUCUUCGGUUCGGGUCAGCUCUUCGUCUACAUCCAGUCCAUAUCGUCCUACAUGUCACCACCGAUCUUCGCCGUCUACACCACCGGGAUGUUCUCCGAAAGGGUGACCGAGCAGGGUGCUUUCUGGGGCUUAUUGCUUGGCGAAGUUAUUGGCUGCACUUGGAUGGUUCUCGAUUUUGUCUUCAUAGCGCCCCCUUGCGGUGGGGUGGACGAGCGCCCUCUAGCACUUCAGAAAAUACAUUAUCUGCAUUUCGCUCUGAUGAACUAUGCAGCUACAGUGUUGUUUAUCGUCGUCAUUAGUCUCUUGACGAAGAGGAUUCCACGAGAUAAGCUGAUAAGGCUGACUUGGUGGACUAGGAAAAGUGAACUACCCCGAAAACCCAUUUCAGAGAAGGAGAACGAGAAAAACUGGGAACGAGAACUCAAGAAAAGAGAAAAAUCUGCAGCAGAACAUACAGAUGAACCGCCGUCUGGUCUCCGCCGCAUCUGGAACUUUGUAUGCGGCAUUGAAUCGUCGCCUUCAGAUGAACCGACACCAGACGACAAAGAAGCAAUGGAGAAACGGAUGACGUCAUUGGAGGAGGAUCCUAAGUGGGCCAGAGUAGUCAAUGUGGUCUGCCUGGUCGUUCUUUUCCUUGGAUUUUUAGCAUUUGGAUUAUUUGCAUGAUGAAGGCAGUUAAAUUUCAACUUAAUUAGUGAAAUGAUAAAAAGUAGCCACGGGUUUUGUUGUUACGCUUAAGAGGCAUCUUGCUCAGCGUACAUGAAAACCAUACACGGUAAAAUAAAGAUCAUAUCAAUUACAUGAUAUUUUGAAAAGCAUUAAUCCCUGUCUUUUAACCCUGAUAUGGCUUGAAUGGUUGUUCACGGGGCCAGGUGAAGAAGUAACAAAAAAAUGACAAAAAAUGCAAACAGUUAUUUUCUCUUAUAGUGCAUUUAUUAUGACAUUAUAUGACUUUUCACGGUGCAACAUUAAUUACAUUUUAUUAAACAUGAUUUAAUUUACAUUAUUAUGCAUUGCUCCAGAAACAUGUAAAGCCCCCCCCCCCCCCCCGAGCGAAUCUGUUUAAAUUGCAUUGAGAGAGGUUUGGAAAAUUGAGAAUGUCGACGCCCUCUGGGGGAAUAAUGAAUACUGACAUUUUAUGCUCGGAUAGGUUUUCAGUUUUGUAUAGUUUUUUUUUUUCAAAUGGAAAUAACUAUGGCCCUUGUCAAGUUUCCGACUGUUCCUAAAAAAAUCAAUGGGAUCUAGUUAGCAAUGGAAUUUUCAGACCUGUUUUAAAACUAUUACAUUGUGCCCCAUGUCUGAUAGAGUACGACACAUUAGAGUUUGUUAUUAAUUGGUUGUUCAUUACUUUGAAAAAAGAAAUCAUUAUCGAAACAAUAAACCCAUAAACUUAUAAAUGCAAUUUGCUUAUACAAUUAUACGACUUAGAACGAUUGUUCAUACCUACCAUCCAUUCUCACUUUUGAACAUGUCGUGCAAGAUGUUUAUCAACAAACUGUCGCGCUUUAUUUAAAAAACAUCUACGGCAACUAUCACAGCUACAAAUAUGUAAUUAAUUUAUGUUCACAUUUCCUGCAAAAUAGAAACAAAGAAAACUAAAAACCUUCUCUUCUACCUUUUUUAAUUUCUCAGCUAAUUAUUCCCGAUUCUUUCAUUCUCGUUAAAACUGUAAUAAACAUGAUUAAAAUUCACAAAUCAGCAAAAUGAAAAUAAAUUUAACUAGAAUGAUACAAGUAUUUUUAAAGUCUUUUCACCAAAAACAAGAAGAUCAUAGUAAUUUAUACCGCCAUAAAAACGUAUCCGGUGCGACUGUUUUUUCCCUAGAAAUUUCUAGCAAUUUAACUAACAUUAGUCACAUUUUUAGUCAUUACCUCAAGUUCAUUUUAAUUUUCUUUCUGUUUUAUUUUUACGUACACGUAAAAUCCAGAGUAUUAUACGAAUACUUUGUUCGCAAAAAAAAUAAAAAUAAAAAUCAGUUCAAAAAUAAAUGUGUUAAAUGUGCAUGUGCAGUUGAACGCGAAAUGUGCCGAAAUUAACACUUGUGCAAUAAAUUAACACUUUAAUUAUUGUAUCUUUCAGCUGUUUUCCAUUCUAUAAAUUCCAACUUUGGGGCUGGGGAGCAACUCAGCUCCACCUUGGUAUCAUUGAUUUCGAGAAUGAUUUUGUUGGAAUUACUCAGACCAAUAAACGUUUGAUUUUAAUACUCGA